AUGAUUCCGGAGUCUGUGAAAAUUAUAUACGUAAACAAUAAGUUCAUAGAUGAAGUUUACGCCAACAUUAGACGGUAUUCGAGAAACGGUCCAUACUACUUCAACCUUUGGGGGAGCAUCAAACAAACUUGGACUAACAAUAUAUCUGUGCAUAUAGUGAUGACGGAGUUCCUCCACAACGAGUACCGACGGUCGUUUAUCGAAUUCAACUACAAAUUUUGCGAUUUGAUCAACAAGGAACCCAUGAUUGGCAAAAUGCUUGCCCUGAAGGGCGUGGUGUGUCCUGCACCUAAGGGUGAAUAUCGCCUGAUGAACAUGACGGUCCAAUCCCAACACUUCCCCAACCGCUGGCCGUUCGAGAAAGGCGGGGCUGAUGUCAACGUCACAACUACACAUACCAAGGAAAUUGUUGCAUUUGGCUACGUACACUUGAAGUUUAAACAAGAUAACAAGAAAAAUUAA